AUGAAGAAGGGGUGCGAGCUGUGUAGCUUAGCAGCGAGGAUAUAUUGUGAUUCUGAUGAAGCGAGUUUGUGCUGGGACUGCGAUGAGAAGGUCCAUUGUGCAAAUUUCUUGGUGGCCAAACACUCGAGGAGUCUUCUCUGUCACGUCUGUCAAUCUCCGACGCCAUGGCAAGCUUCUGGUCCGAAGUUUGGGCCUACCUUCUCCGUCUGCGAGACUUGCCUUCAUGACCGUAAUGGAAAACAGGAUAGAGACCAAGAAAGUCGAGGUAACCAAGAUGAGGAAUAUGAUGAUCUUGAAUUUGAAGAUGACAGCAGUACUGAUAAUAAUACCGAUGGUGAGGAUGAGGAGGUCGACGGAGGUAAUCAAGUAGUUCCUUGGUCUCCUACUCCGCCACGGCCUGCUCCAUCGAGUUCUGGCACCAGUAAUGACGAAAAGUACUCCUCCAGCAGGUUUUCUUCUCAGGGCGGUGAAGCUGUUUCUUCAUUCAGGAGAAUGCCCGAAACUAAAGAUCUUGAUUCUGAGCAUAGCAUCGGCAGCUGUUCUUUCGGAUUCAAUCCAACGGCAUCUCAGUGGCUAUGAGCUCUCUAUCUCUGGAGGAACAAUAUUGAAGUUUGAGCACUUUCAGACCAAAGAACACGUGAAAAAACAUCAAGCAUAGAACGUUCAAGAUAAUGGUGAAGCAGGGUCGACAACAGCAAGGAUGAACCAUCUUCUUCGAUCCUCUCUACACACUAUCGUCGCUUAACUAUGGAAAAAUUUAACCAAAGUUUUUACCUUUAACUUCCUAUUGAUCUAAUAAGUUUUUUUUUUUUUUU